UGGGACUUGAAUAAUGCAUGGUAUUGUUGGGGAGGGAGGGGCAGUAGUUUCGGCGAUGCCUGCUGUCGGGAUCCUUGCGUCACGUCUUGAUUUGGUAAGCACAGGGACAUGGUGUGGAUGGAUGGCUGUCCGCACGGCCACAAGACGACCAGAACAAAGCAUGGCUGGGAAACCUUUCCGGGCCACCUACAUCUGGAACAGCAUCAUUUCCAAUCUUCAAAACAACGUUGAGGUGAAACACAGGCGUCACAACCUGAAAUCAUACAAUGACUGCUUCCUGGGCUCAGAAGCUGUGGAUGUGGUGCUGUCACAUAUCACCCUCAGCCACUUAUUUGGUGAUGAAGCAGUGCCUCGUCACAAGGCCGUCCGCCUCUGUCAGGCCCUCAUGGACUCUAAGGUGUUCGAAUCAGUGGGGGUUAAAGUGUUUGGAAAGGAGAAGAAAAGAGACAAGUUUGAGGACAGCAAUGUCAGUUUGUACAGGUUCUUGGUUCCAGUGACCAGCUCCUCGUCCGCUCUGACCAACACUAGCUCUCAGUCCACUGGUACCAUCGGGAGCUGUUAUGGCUCACGGAACAUCAACCAGAGCAGCUAUACGCUAACAAGCGAAAGCCAAGAAGUACCAAGCUACUCCACCCACUCCCCAGUGAAGAGAGAGAAGUUACUGGAGGAGGUGCUGGGAAACCUGAACCUCAGCGCCACCAUCACCCCCCAGAUGAGCCAUCUCGGCCUCUCGCAGGAGUGUUUGCAUGAAGUUUGGCACCAGCAGGCAGUGUCCAGACUGCUGCAGCUCAUAGAGCUCCCCCUGCUGGAGAGCUUGUUAGAAGGCGAGGUCACUUCACGAUCCUCUCUGCAUGGCAUGGAGAGUGACCCGGACCUGCUGUGUACAACAAGCUACCUGGACAGAGAAGUUCUGAAAGCUUUCAGUGAAGCACAGGCUGAUGAGUGGAUGUCAGUGGCAGUGGACUGUCUGGAGUUUCUGCCUGAUGAGCUGGUGGUGGAGGUCAGUCGUGGUUUGGCUGCUGGUGUGGAUGACCUUCUCCAGUGCAAGAGGCUGCUUUACCAGGUCCUGGUUAGCCAUUACCGACAGAUGCAGCGGCCACCUCUGCUUAACAACUGUCUCUUUGAUAUCCACUCUGGGAUAUCAGAACUACUCGUUAAUGGGAAGCUGGAACUAGCUUUAGAGGCGCUGCAGCUGAGCCUGACGCUGCAGGACUCCCACAGCCGAGAGGAGCUCCGAAGGCUCCUGAGAUUCAUGGCCACUGCUGCCAAACCACAGGAGGUGAAGCUCAACAAAGAGAUUGAGAACCGAAUGGCGGUAAAGAGGUCUUUCUCCAGCGCCAUUGUAUACAGCAGAAGGCUCUCGAAGGGCAAGGUGGACUUGAUGGUUCUGUUCAUGAUGGACAGCCACCGUGAUCUGUUUAAAAUUCCCAUCUCCUUGCACAAGAUGGUGAGUGAACGACUGAGGAAUAUUGUAAAGGGGAAAGAUCCAGACGUGAUUACAGGCACAACAUACUGCUCAAGGGUUAGCGCUAAGGAAUAUUCAGAGAGUGGACAGAAAACCACUAAAGAGGAGAUACUUUCUCUGCUGCGGGCAGUUCACGAGGACCCCAAAUUCUCCAUAAAGGAGAAGAGAAGGCUACUGGGACAGUUUUAUAAAGCUCAUCCUGAGAUUUUUGUUCAGUACUUUGGAACUAAAUUAUCUACUAUCAACAUGUUGUUGCAGUAAUAUUUAUAUUGUUAACAAAUUCUAUAUUCUAGAGUUAAAAAACAAUGAUCAAAGGAGUGGAGUUGUGUAGUUGGUAACAGAUGACUGAGCAAAACCGUGACUUUUAUUUGUCUUUUAUGAGUUGGAAUAUUUAAUGACUAUUUAACCAUUUUCUUUGGUGCGGGACACUAAGGCAGAAUGUAUAUUUUGAUUAAGAAAAGACUGAUACUUCCUCUUAAAGAGGAAAAUGUUAUUUUAGAAGUUCUCAUAGUGACCUAGACAACAUUAUGGGUCUGAUUCCAUCAAAAGCAAACCUGCAUGUUGGUUGCUAGUGGAUGCGUAUCUGGUGCUUGUGCAGUAGCAUCAAUAAAAAUGUUUCACGCAAUGGAUAUUUGAAACUGGAAACCUUAAAAGUAUCUUAUUCUGCUUUAGUGGCAGUAGGAGGUACUUAUGACUCUGGGUUUUUCUUCUCUUUGUUGCAAAAAGUCAAAACAGAUGUUUGGAGAGCUUUUUUUAAAAUGGGAAUCUCAGCCACGUUUUAGUGGUUUCUUUGGGAUUGUUUUAAAUCACGUGCAAAUAAGCCUUCUAACUGGUUUCAGAAAAUGACUGGAGUGUUUCCCACUGGCUUGCAACUGCAAAACACUUUGUUUUUUUACUGUCUAAGGUAAAUUGGGAUUGAAUUGAAGCUUUCAUGCAUGUUCUUUUGCAUGUAGUAAAAAGACAAAUGGCAUCUGGUAUGCUAGGUAAUUUGUGCUCUGUGCUGGUUGUCCAGUUAUAAACUGACUCAGAGCAGAAUUGUGAAAGACAAAGUAGCUUUCUGCUUGUAAAGUUAAUAAAAUUAAACUUGUCUGUGAAAUAA